AUGCCAGUAGCACCCAGGACUUUGACUAACCAAGAUGAGUGUUGGCCAAGUUGAAGCUAUUGCCCAGACUAUCAACAGCAUAGCUGGUGCUACGUUCAUCACCCAACCAGCUAAGGCGGUCGAGUCGCCAUUCAGGCCACUCGUUCCUGAUGCCCAGGUUCUUCUCGAAUCCAACGAUCCGUACCUCGAAAUCGACGCCCACAUCAGCCAGUCUGAAGAUGCUGUCGUCACUGUCUUGACCACAGGCCCCACUAUUUUGAAAAACUUGCCGUUCUUUUUAAGUAACAACUUCAAGACCAAACCCGUGGUGUCCCAUGUUGACUUGACCAACUUCGAUUUCUCAAUCAUCACCAGUUUGAGGGACUUGAACUACCCGAUCGUGAUCUCCCAGUCUCCAAAAGAAGCUGCUAUCUACUCCAGAUUGGCCUACAAUUUGGCAGUGAAUUCCCAGAAGUCUGCUUUCCACUUUUAUGCUCCUUCCCAGUACCAGCUCAAAGAUGCUUUCAAGCCCAAGGGCGACGUUUUGAUCAAGGACGUGGAGUCCUUGCAAACUAGCGAUAUUUUGGCUUAUUUCGAUGUCAAGCCAUUCGAACUUGUGAACAAGGUUUCGAAACCAAAGGACUCCGUUUUAUACCUUGGUCAACUCAAUGAUGAAAUUAUUGAAGGAUUCACCAAGGAAAAUGUUUUACUCAUAACUGCCAAUGUUUACCAGCCCUUCUACUUGCAAAGUCUUUUGUCGAUAAUCCCAUCAAGUGUUGAAACAAUCACUUUGUUGCUCCAAUCAGCAAAUAUCUCUACCACCCAAUCUUCAUUCUCGCCAUUAUUGUUGGAUUUCUUCCAAGAAUACCCAAAGUACCAGACUUUAAAAAACUUUUCCAAGAUUGUCGGUUCCUCUAUUGGUUUCAUUCAGUCUGGAAAGUACGCUACUGCUAUUGAGAAUUUGCUCAAGAAUGUCAGAUCAUCCAACCCAGUUCAGAACUUGUCUUUUGGCAAGGUGAAUACGGAAAUAUCCACCAAGUCUUCCAAGAAAUUGCUUGAGGACCACGAAAAGGCCCAAGCUGGUGCUUGGAAGUUAGAGCAAGCUUACUUAAAGGUUCUUGAACAGAUUGACCCUACCAACUUAAGAAUCUUGAACGAAUUCAAUGGUUCCAACGUGGGCCAAUCGAACCCAGAAUACGGCUUUGGUUCUUUCUUGUACGACCAGGAGCAGCGUGAAAACUUCGUGGAGUCGGUUCACAAAGCAGUUCAAGAAAACCGUUUCCAUUCUAUUGAUAACAGCAACCUUAUUGGAUAUUUAUCGCAGUGGUUGGUCCAAACCAGAUCUGGCCUUCCUGUUGACGACAAGACUAUUACUGAAGUCAUCGAAUUAUUGAAGACUGAUGAAGUUAGUGAAGUUUCUAAGGAACUUUUGGCCAAGCAGGAAUACUUCAGAUCCCAUAAAAACUGGUUGGUUGGCUCAGAUGCUUGGUCGUACGAUUUAGGUUCUUCUGGUAUUCACAAUGUCAUUACUUCCGGCAAAAACAUCAACAUGUUAGUGAUCGACUCGGAGCCUUAUAACGAGAAGAAGGCCGAUGGUAACCGUAAGAAGGACAUUGGUCUCUAUGCCAUGAACUAUGGUAACUGUUACGUUGCAUCUAUUGCUAUUUACUCGUCAUACACCCAAGUAUUGCAAGCAUUCAUUGAGGCUGAAAAGUUCAAUGGUCCCUCUAUUGUUUUGGCAUACUUGCCAUACUCCAGUGAAUUCGACAGUACUCUCCCAAUCUUACAAGAGACCAAAAGGGCUGUGGAUUCUGGCUACUGGCCUUUAUACAGAUACGAUCCAACUAUCGAGGACGAAAAGGAAUCGUUCAAAUUGGAUUCCUCCAACUUGAGAAAGCAAUUGAAGGACUUCUUGGACCGUGAGAACAAGUUGUCGUUGUUGGCAUCGAAGGACCCAUUGUUGUCCAGAAACUUGACCCAAACUGCCAACACCGAAAUUAAGUCUCAACAAAAGAAGGUUGCAGAAGACUCGUUUGCCGAAUUAUUGAAGGGAUUGUCUGGACCUCCUUUGACUGUCGCCUUUGCAUCUGACGGUGGUAAUGCCGAAGCCGUGGCCAAGAAGAUCAACCGACAGGCUUUGGGUAGAGGUUUGAAGUCGGUUGUGUUAGAAAUGGACGACUUGUCCAUUGAAGAUUUACCCACUGAAACCAACAUCGUGUUUGUUACCUCUACCUCUGGUCAAGGUGAGUUCCCAACCAACGGUAAGCAAUUCUGGGAUGCAUUGAAAAAUGCUACUGACAUCGAUUUGUCGACCAUCAAGUUCUCGGUUUUUGCCUUGGGUGAUUCCGAGUACUGGCCAAGAAAGGAAGACAAGCACUACUACAACAAGCCAGGAAAGGAUCUCCACGCAAAACUCCUUUUCUAUGGAGGUGUUGAGUUGAGCGAAAUUGGAUUAGGUGAUGAUCAAGAUGCCGAUGGUUUCAACACUGGAUUCAACGAAUGGUUGCCCAAGAUCUGGAAGGCUUUGGGUGUUGACAAGCUUGAGGGUGUUGAGGAACCUAAGCCUAUUACCAACGAAGACAUGAAGGUUGGUUCUGAUUUCCUUAGAGGAACCAUUGCUGAAGGAUUGCAGGACUCUUCUACCGGAGCAAUCAGUUCGAUUGACCAACAAUUGACCAAGUUCCACGGUAUUUACAUGCAAGACGACCGUGAUAUCCGUGAUGACAGAAAGGCUGAAGGCUUGGAGCCAGCAUACGCCUUCAUGGUGAGAUUGAGAUUACCAGGAGGAAAGGCCACUCCUGCCCAGUACUUGAAAUUGGACCAGUUGGCCGACUUCAGAGGUAACGGCACCUUGAAGAUCACCACCAGAGCCACUUUCCAGUUGCACGGUGUGGUCAAGCACGACUUGAAGCCAGCUAUUAGAGGAAUGAACUCGGUAUUGUUGGACACCUUGGCUGCUUGUGGAGAUGUUAACAGAAACGUGAUGGUGUCAGCUUUGCCACACAAUGCAAAGAUCCACGGCCAGGUUUCAGCCAUUGGUGCUAAGAUUUCCGAACACUUGUUGCCACAGACCACUGCCUAUCACGAAAUCUGGUUGCAAGGCGACGAUGACGGUGACGAGCCUGGUGACUCCAAGGCAUGGGAAGCACGUAAGGACGGACCCAAGAGAACCAAGACGUUGGUUGCUGGAAAUGCAUUGGCCGACGUCGAGCCUUUCUACGGCAAGACCUACUUGCCUAGAAAAUUCAAGAUCGUCAUCAACGUUCCACCAUACAACGACGUCGAUGUGUACGCCCACGAUAUCGGAUUGAUCACCAUUAUCGAGAACAACGAGGUGGUUGGGUUCAACGUGUUGGUAGGUGGUGGUAUGGGUACCACCCACAACAACAAGAAGACGUAUCCUAGAACAGGUUCCAUGUUUGGUUUCAUUCCAAAGGAUAAGAUCCACAUUGCCUGUGAAAAGAUCAUGUUUGUGCAAAGAGACUACGGUGACAGAACCAACAGAAAGCACGCCAGAUUGAAGUACACCAUCGACGACAUGGGUGUCGAGUUGUACAAGGAAAAGGUGGAGACCUUGUUGGACUUCAAGUUUGAGGAGCCACGCGAAUUCAAGAUCGACUCUAACAUCGACUUCUUCGGGUGGUGUAAGGACGAGUUGGGCUUGAACCACUUCACCGCGUUCAUUGAAAACGGAAGAAUCGAAGACACCCCAGAAUUGCCCCAAAAGUCCGGUUUGAAGAAGAUUGCCGAGUAUUUGACUGAGGGUAAGUCCGGAGAGUUUAGAUUGACUGGUAACCAGCAUCUUUUGAUUUCCAACAUCGAGGAUAAGGACUUGGACCACGUCAAGUCGUUGUUGGCCCAGUACAAGUUGGACAACACCGACUUCUCUGGGUUGAGAUUGUCUUCUGCAGCCUGUGUGGCAUUCCCUACUUGUGGGUUGGCCAUGGCUGAAUCCGAACGUUACUUGCCAGCAUUGAUCACCAAGUUGGAAGAAGCGUUGGAAGAGAACGGCUUGAGACACGACUCCGUGGUCAUGAGAAUGACUGGAUGUCCUAACGGUUGUGCCAGACCUUGGGUUGCUGAGGUUGCUUUGGUUGGUAAGGCCUAUGGUGCCUACAACUUAAUGUUGGGAGGUGGCCACCACGGUGAAAGAUUGAACAAGAUUUACCGUUACUCCAUCAAGGAGGAUGAGAUCUUGGAGAUCUUGAAGGGGCUUUUCAAGAGGUGGAGUUUGGAAAGAAACGAAGGUGAGCCAUUCGGAGACUUCGUCAUCAGAACUGGUAUCAUCAAGCCAACCUUGGAAGGUAAGUACUUCCACGAUGAUAUUGCUGAGGAUGCUUGAGGCAUCCUUUAGGUUAGCUGAGCUAACACCGUCACAUAUACUUCAGUACUUAAUAAAUUGAAUUAGAGCUCGGUGUAGU